AUGAAGUUUAGCUGCUUGAUCGUUGCCGCUGCGGCAGUUUCUGCGAUUAUUGCUCCCCUGGACAAGAAGCAAAAGAGCGAUUCAGCUUUGGAGUGGGUUGGCACAAAUGAAUCUGGAGGUGAAUUUGGUCAAAACAGCAUCCCAGGAAAAUAUGGAACCGAGUUCAUCUUCCCAGAUCACUCAACCAUCUCAGCCCUGAUUGACAAGGGGAUGAACAUCUUCCGGAUCCAGUUCUUGAUGGAACGAUUGACCCCGGAUGACAUGACCAGAUCCUAUAAUGAUGCCUAUCUGAAGAACCUGACCUCGGUUGUGAAAGCCGUCACAGACGCAGGCGCCCAUGCAGUUUUGGAUCCUCAUAACUAUGGUCGAUUCAAUGGAAAAAUCAUCACAGCGACCUCGGACUUUCAGACCUUCUGGAAAAACUUAGCUGGAAAGUUUAAAGACGAUGAGCUGGUGAUCUUCGAUACCAAUAACGAAUACCACGAUAUGGACUCAGAACUCGUACUGAAUCUCAACCAAGCUGCCAUCGACGGCAUCCGCGCCGCGGGGGCCACGACACAGUUCAUCUUCGUAGAGGGCAACUCAUGGACCGGCGCGUGGACAUGGGUCGAUCAGAACGACAACCUGAAGAGCUUGACGGACCCACAGGACAAGAUCGUCUACGAGAUGCACCAGUACCUGGACUCAGACGGGUCUGGCACCUCGCCGUCUUGCGUCUCAGCCACCAUCGGCCUGGAACGAGUCACUAGUGCGACGCAGUGGCUGAAGGAGAACAACAAGGUGGGCAUCCUGGGCGAGUUCGCCGGCGGAGUCAACGACCAAUGUCGAAUGGCACUGAAGGGGAUGCUGGAAUAUUUGGCCGACAAUGCGGACGUGUGGAAGGGAGCCAUGUGGUGGGCGGCGGGACCUUGGUGGGGAGACUACAUCUUCAACAUGGAGCCUCCAAAUGGGGUGGCUUAUACGGGAAUGAUGGAUAUCCUGCAGCCUUAUUUGUGA